AAUAAAUUUAAGAUUUCUAACUUAACUGUUAGUUUAACUGUAUGUAAUAUUUAUUUUUACUAAAGCAAAUGGCGUUAUACUAUUAAAUAUGAGUUAGAAAUAGUUUCCACCUGUUUAUAUAAAACCUUGUAACAAUUGACGUUAAUUUUUCGAUUGUCAAGCAUAAAGAAAAGAUAAUGGAUUUGCAAGGUGAUGAAGAGCUUGAAGCUCUUCGCUUGGCAGCAUUGGCCACAUUAAAAACUCAUCCGUCUAAAAGGCGAGACUCAGGAAGUUUUGCGCCUGAAAACAUUUCAAAAGUUAGUACAUUAAUUACAUCAAAGUCUGCAGAUCAACAAACUUACUCAAUGAAAGAUAUGUGUGAUCAGUCUCAAGGAUCUGUGUAUGGCAAUCAACAGUCUUGGAGAAAUUCUCAACCAUCAAGAAGAGGCAGGGGAAGACAGUUUCCUCAGAAAGGAAAUCAGCGUUCAAAUUUGAUAGUUAUCACACCUGUGAAUCUCUGCAAGAAGACAGAUGAAAAAGAAACUCCAUCUCAUCUUGUUCUUCCUCAACAUAAGUGGUGUCAAUCUGUAAAUGAAGAUUCAUCUUCUCCUAAAUCAUACCGGCGAAUAGGACCAACCAGAUUUAAUCGUCAUGGAUCAGAUUCUGAGAGUAGUGAAGACUCAGACUAUGAUAACAGUGAUAAUGAUUCUUAUAGUAAUGAUACAGUUCUGCAAGACGAACCAUCUGAACCUUUCUCAACAUUUACUCCUGAAGAAAAUACAGAGGAUGAACGUUUAGUUGAGAAACAGCAGACAACUCCUGAUCGACGUUUGAGUUUUCAUAAUAUAGAUUCGCAAGAUAAAAAAGCAGAAAAUGUUCAUAAUUCAAGGAAAGAUGCAUAUUUAAAUAGUUCAAAAGAAGAAACAAAGACUUUUAAAGCUGUAUCUAAAGAAAAGCUUGAAAGGGAAUUUUCUGAUAAUUACCAUAAUAUAAGUUCUACUGGUGAUGAACAUGUAUCCAAAAUACGUAGUCAUUCACCCAUUCAAUUUCAAAGAAGUCAGAGUAAUGGUGGAUCAAAUUCAAAAAAGGACAAUUUAUCCAGAAACUACAUGACACUUGAAAAAGACAAUUACAAAUAUUCAAGAAAGCAGUCAGAAAAACGUAUAGAAACUGAUUCUCAUCAUAAUUUCACUAUGAAUGAUUCAAGAAAUCAUAUGAAAAAUCUUUCUGAAGGGGAUUUACGAUACGAACUUAAAAAAAGGAUGCAAGAAAAACCUUUCAAGACAAUUGGAUCUCGAAUUCAAAAUGAUUCAUUUGAUAAUCAUUAUUCAAUAGAACAGAAUAGGAAUCAUAUUCAUCUAAGACGUUCUGAUAGUAGUGAAGAUAGUGAUCAUGCAUACAAACAUAAGUCAAGAGAUUACAGAUUCCGUGAUCAUAAAACUGAGGCACAAAGUCAUAGUUCAUCAGAAAAUGAUCACAAUACUAGUCCUAUCAGAAAUCAUGUUAGCCAUAAUCGUUUCCAAACUGAUGUUCGAACAAACCUUAAUCGUAAGCGAGAACGCAGUCACAGUUCAGAAAGGAGCUAUAAACGAAGUCGUAGUCAGAGUCUUGAGCGACGAAGUGAAAUUCAAAUUCGUAGGCGCAGAAGGCAUAGUGGGCGCUCUUCAUCAUCAACUAGCUCUAGUUCUAGUUCCAGUAAAAGUAGUAUCUCAAGUCCUCGACUACGAUUGGUUUCAAGUGUUGUUAAACCUGUUGCAAGGACAGAUGAAUCAAAAAUUCGUAGUAAUGAUACUGUAUCAGAAAAGCGUUCUCUAUCAUUAACUGAAUCGAGUUCUCAUGCAAUAUUGAAAAGGCAAAGAAAUUCUGAUGAAAAGCCAAAGGCUCUUUCAUCUAUGGUGAAAAAUUCUGUUUCUGGAUGUGAGAAGCAUAUUAAUACUUCGGAUGCUGUUAAACGGGUUCCUGUCCAUAUGCGUCUUGGAACACUUCCUCAUAAAAGAGUAAUUAGAAUGACAAAGGAUGUAGAAGCAGCUUUUAUCAGUACAAGUAGUGAUGAGGACGCUGAUGUAAAUACAAAAUAUAAAAAGCAGAAUUAUCGUGUUGUAACUGAACUAUCGGGGAAUAAAUUAGAUGAAGUUUCAAAACGACAUGUUGAAAAGAGUACCUGUAGAAAUUUAGAUGUGUUCAAAGGCAGAAGAAUGAAAAUUGAAAGGUGACCUUGUAAGCAGGUUCAUCUCUUGCACUGCUACAGAUAACACUGACAUGUACUUUUCACUGUUUACUUUAUGUAAAUGAUUGUAUUGAAAAAAAAUGGCCAGACAAUUAAUGAUGUGAUAUGUGCCUGUGAAGCAACCAAUACUACAUUUUGGAUGGAAACGCUUUGUACCAGCAUUUUCUGUAACCAGAACAUCCAGGAAAACUUGUUGCCUGAACAUCUAAAAGAUAUUGUUAGCCAAACAUCUGAAAAAUGUUACAUUUGGAGUUGAAAUUGUUGUUUGUAAUUAUUAAAGUCUUCAUGAAAGCAUACUCAUUAAAAUUGUUUUCUUUAAA